AUGGAAAAAAAAAGAAAAAAAAUAAUAGAGGAAGAUAAUAAUGACAUUCUACCAUCUUAUAUGUUGAUUCUUUGUACAGCUCCAUGUUAUAUUUGGCUAAUUUCCAAUAAUAGGUCAGAAUUUAAAGAUGUAUUCAGUUCUAUGCCAAAUGAGCGAAAAAUAUCGAGUCAUGAAGAAAAUGGUUUGCAACAAAAAAAUAGUACUAAUGAAGAGGAUCCUUUAGAUACAUCAAAUGAUUUAUUUGAACAACAUUAUAUGGAGGUCGUUGCUCGAGAAUUUGAAAAUGAAUUGGAUGAGUUAAGAAGAGAUCCCUCUUUCAAUCCUAAGGAAAUGCCGUUACUUGUUUCUGCGUUGAAAAAAGGUGUAAAUAUUUUUUCGCAGGAAGAAAAACAGAAAGUUUUAGAAAGUUUAACGCAGAAAGACAAAAAGGAGUCCAAAGAUGAUUCCAAAGAUGAUUUGUAA